AUGAAAAUUCAAGAUCAUUAAGAUCCUAAAAAUAAAGAGUAAAGAGAUGAUGCCUCUCAGAAGUCAUAGAUUGUUCGUAAUUUUGAAGAGCUAAGAUAAUCUAUAUAGAAUUUUAACGAGCUGAAGGAUCAUCGUAGAAAAUCUAUCUAAAAUAUAAAUGCUGAACGCCGUUAAUCAGCAGCUGAUAUUCAAAGAAGAUAAUCUGACAUCUAUUAAAGCUAAACCCUCAACGGAUAGGCAACAACAGCUAAUAAUAAUAAUCAGAAGGCCUAAGAAAAUAAUGAAAAUAAAACUAAGGCUGAUAAACAAAAUGAAUUAAUGAAGAUGGAUGAGCAUAAAAUAGAUCUUGAAGAACUCUAUCUCAGAUUUAAAACUAAUCCUGUUAAGGGUUUGUCUAAUGCUAGAGCAGCUUAAUUAAAUUAAGAACUAGGUGAUAACAAGUUGACUGAAAAGGGAAAGGAACCUCUAUGGAAAAAAUAUUUAAAGGAAAUAACAAAUCCUUUUGCUAUCAUGCUUUGGGUUGCUGCUAUAUUUUGUUUUGUCACAUAUUAUCUUUCUCCUGAAGAUCCUUCUAACCUCUACUUAGGUUUUGUCUUGAUAGCAGUUAUCUUUGUUACUGCCCAAAUCACAUAUUAACAAAAUAAGAAAAGUGAGGCCUUGAUGGAAUCAUUCAAAAACUUUUUACCAUAAAAGUCUACUGUAAUUAGAGAUGGAUCACAAUAAGUUAUCCAUGCUGAAAAAUUAGUCGUUGGUGAUAUAGUUUAAGUCAAAGCUGGUGAAAGAAUUCCUGCAGAUAUUCGUAUAAUUUAAUCAAAUGAAAUGAAGGUUGAUAACUCUCCUUUAACAGGUGAAAGUGAACCAUAACUUCGUACUCCUAUUUGCACUCAUCCUGAUUCACCUCUUGAAACUUAAAAUGUCGCUUUCUUUGGUACUCUUUGCAAGGAAGGAUUUGCUUAGGGAGUUGUCAUUAAAAUUGGUGAUAAUACUACUUUAGGUUUAAUCGCAGAUUUAGCAUCUUAAGAAAAGACUCAAUUAACUCCUUUAAGAAUUGAGCUCAACCGUUUGAUUUAUGUCAUGGUAGCUAUCGCUUUAAGUCUUGGUAUACUCUUCUUCUGUUUAGCUUACUUACUUAUUGGUUAUAACUUGAUCACUUGUGUUCUUUUUGGUAUUGGUAUUCUUGUUGCUAAUGUACCUGAAGGAUUAUUAGGAUGCAUUACUGUUUCUUUGGCAAUUACUGCUAAAGCCCUCCACGGUAAGAAUGUCUUAGUAAAAAACCUUGAAGCAGUAGAAACUUUAGGAUCUACUUCAUGCAUUUGCUCAGAUAAGACAGGAACAUUAACAUAAAACGUAAUGACUGUUGAACAUAUGUGGUAUGGUUUAAAUACAAUCAGGGCUGUUAACAAAUCUUUAAUAACAGAUCAUUCUAAAUUAGAAUAUGAUGAAAACGGUAGUGAUUUCAAAGAGCUACAUAAAAGUGCUAUGAUCUCUAGUGAAGCAAAAUUUGAUAGAUCUAAAUUGGCAGAUUUAAAUAAUAUUAAUUACUUGAAAUGUGAUGUCAUUGGUGAUGCAACUGAAACUGGAUUAGUUAGAUUCUUCUAAUACAUUUAAGACAUUGAAGAGACUCGUAAACAAUUCAAAGUUCCUUAAAACAAAGACAAAACUGAGGCAAAAAUGCCCUUCAAUUCAAAUGUUAAAUUUGCAUUAACAAUUGUUGAACUUCCCACUUAAGACAGUGAUUAUUGCAUUUAUAUUAAAGGUGCUCCUGAAAAAAUAUGGACUUUUUGUUCAUUUAUUCAAAAUAAUGGAUAACCUUAAAAAAUCGAUUCUGCUACCUAAAAAAUUUUUAAUGAUGUCAAUCUUAAAUUCGGUAGAAAUGGUGAAAGAGUUUUAGGAUUUGCUAAACUUCACCUCCCAAGAGCUGAUUUCCCUCUCGGUAAAUCUGAAUUUGUUGUUUCAAAUCCAAACAACUUUAAUUUUGAAAUGAAAAACUUUAUUUUCACUGGUCUUAUUUCACUUAUUGACCCCCCUAAAACAAGAGUUCCUUAUGCUAUUCUUGAAUGCCGUAGCGCUGGUAUUAAGGUUAUUAUGGUUACAGGAGAUCAACCUCCAACUGCUGCCACUAUAGCAAGACAAGUAAAUAUAAUUCCUGAAUUUGUAAAAACUUCUGAAGAAAUCAUGUUUGAACAAGGAUGUACUUGGGAACAAGCUGUCGAAUAAGCUGAUGCUAUUGUUGUCCACGGUGAUAGAAUUGUAGCAUCCUUAGAUAAAGAAAUUGAGGAAGGUUUACCUUAGUAUUCUAUUUUAAGAAAAUGGGUUAAAAAACCUUAUUGCGUAUUUGCAAGAACAACUCCUGCUCAAAAAUUAUAAAUAGUCUAAGCCUGCUAAAAAGAAGGAUUUAUCACUGCCGUUACAGGAGAUGGUGUAAAUGACUCUCCUGCUAUUAAGUAAGGUGAUAUAGGUAUUUCUAUGAAUCUAACCGGAAGUGAUGUCACAAAAGAUGCAGCUGAUAUGGUUCUUCUUGAUGAUGACUUUGCUUCUAUUGUAUCAGGAGUUGAAGAAGGUAGAAAGAUUUUUGAUAACCUUAAAAAGACCUUCGUUUACCUUUUAUGCUCAAAUGUCCCAGAAAUUCUUCCUUUCCUCGCAACAAUCAUUUGGGCAAUUCCCCUUCCUUUAACAAAUAUUUAUAUGCUUUGCAUUUGUGUCGGAACAGAUCUUUAUCCUGCUAUUGCUCUUGCAUAUGAAGAAGCUGAAAUUGAUAUCAUGACAAGAAAACCAAGAUCAAAAGAUGACCAUAUUGUCUCACUUGUUUUAAUGACACAUUCAUAUGGCCUUAUGGGAAUAAUGUCAAUGGCUGCUGGUUUUAUUGCAUACUUUACUUCAUUAAAUUAUUACGGAUUCCCCAUAAUGGAAUUAUUUGGAAUGGCCAACUAUAGUGGAUAUUACCCUCCUAUCCAUGAUUUUGGUGACUAUUCUAAUAAGCCUUUAGGAGUUAUGUAUAACUAAAAUGUUAUGCAAGAUCCUGUCACAUUAAAAGACUACACAGAUUGUACAAAAGUCCCAUAAUCUAUCUUAGAUUAAUAUAGCUGGACUCCUGACUGGUUCUUGGUUUCAGAUGGUCAAUAUGAUUUAAGAAAAGGAUUUAUAAGUUGUGAUUCAAAAACUGGUUAAUGGAAAUCUCUUGUUUCUAAAUGGAGUGAAUGUCAUGUUAACUCUGACCACAACUACUCAAGUUUUGUUCAUAACACAGCUUGCUACUCUACUGAUGGAUUAAAAUAUACAUAAUCUUGUUUCUUUGUUUGCAUAGUACUCUUUUAAUGGAGUAAUAUUUUUGCUUGCAAGAGUAGAAAAUCUUCAUUUGCAACUUCGCCAUAUAACAGUUAAAUGAUUAAAGGUAUUGCUUUUGAAACUAUACUAGCAAUUUUCUUAGUCUUAACUCCUGGUGUAAAUAAUGUAUUUGGUGGACGUCCACUUGAUUUCUUUUAGUUUAUGUUUCCUGCUGCUCCAUUUUCCAUUUUAGUGCUAGCUUGGGAUGAAUCUAGGAAAUAUUUAGUAAGAAUAAAUAAAUGGUUUUUAAAGUAUUGCUAUUGGUGA